UUCCGUUUUUUGUUUCAAGGUACAAUGCUGACAUGUCAUCACCGUUUUAUUGCAGCAUGUUCGGAGAACUAUGCGAGUUAUCUAAGAAAGAUACUCAUGGUCCAUUAGUCGAACAAUUUCUCAACAUUCACGAGAGCAUGAAAAAAGCCUCUGCGGAUAUUAAUACCUUAAUCCAUUCGAAGAAGUCCGAUGCAAAAGAUAGUAAGAGAGAUGCUUCAUUAUGGGUUCAAGCUGCAGUCGAAACGAAUCUCUCCAAAUUCUCUUUAUACACACACGAAGAAGAAAAAGACGAAAAGGGCAUCAAAAAAGGCGAAAACUUUCAUUAUCUCGUGAUAGAAAACCCUCCCCAGAAAAUCGAAACAGAGCAUUAUUCAACUAAAAAAGUCACAGCUCCGAAAGCGAAAUCAUCUCGUUCAAGACAACUUCUUUCAACUACGAAGCCGAAAUCGGGAUUAAGAGAUGCGGAUAAUUUAUUGGAGAAGUUGAUCUCGUUUUCACGUGCUUGGUUCUUGGAUUAUUUGGAAGAUUCUUUAAAUAACGGAUUUGGAUUUGGAUUGAGAAGCGACGAAAGUUCUCAAAUAGCCGUACUUUUAGGUCAACUUAAACGAGUAAAUCAAUGGAUGGAAGAUGCUUUUCGAGGGGAUUGUGUUGAUGACAAGAUAGAGAAGUUGAGGAAGAAGCUGUACCGAUUUCUACUCGACCAUGUCGAUUCUGCAGUUUCUCACAGGUAGAUUAAAGAUUAAAUCUUUUUGAUAAAUAUAGACCUAACCCUGUUAGAAUUAGAGCUUAAUUUGCUGCUGAAAUGAAUCAAGAUUUUAAUUGUAGCUUAGAAUUCUUGAUUUAGUGGAGAUCUCAAAAGGAUAAAAUAGUAAUUAAGAAUUGUCUUUGUUCUGUUAUUUCGACACUAAUCAAAGUUCUUAGUGUCGAUUCUUUGCCUCUUUUUACAUGAGA